AAUCCUUAAAUGAACAAUGAUGGUAUAAUGAGAUGUGGCACAAUCCUGCUCAGGCAGUUCUGUCAGGAAAUUAUGAGCUUCAAGAAAUAAGAUGACUUGACCUUGGUUUGUUCAUGACUAUAUGUCUUAUGUAAAUCAGAUACCUUUCCAACUUUACCAUAUCUCUUUUGUGAACCCUACAGAGCUAUGGAGCAGAGCAAUUAUUCCGUGUAUGCCGACUUUAUCCUUUUGGGUUUGUUCAGCAACGCCCGUUUCCCCUGGCUUCUCUUUGCCCUCAUUCUCCUGGUCUUUGUGACCUCUGUAGCCGGCAACACGGUCAUGAUCAUUCUCAUCCACAUAGACUCCCGCCUCCACACCCCCAUGUACUUCCUGCUCAGCCAGCUCUCCCUCAUGGACAUCCUGUAUAUUUCCACCAUCGUGCCCAAAAUGCUGGUCGACCAGGUGAUGAGCAGAGCCAUUUCCUUUGCAGGAUGCACUGCCCAACACUUCCUCUACUUGACCUUAGCAGGGGCUGAGUUCUUCCUCCUAGGACUCAUGUCCUAUGAUCGCUACGUAGCCAUCUGCAACCCUCUGCACUAUCCUGUCCUCAUGAGCUGCAAGAUCUGCUGGUUGAUUGUGGCGGCAGCCUGGCUGGGAGGGUGUAUCGAUGGUUUCUUGCUCACCCCUGUCACCAUGCAGUUCCCCUUCUGUGCCUCUCGAGAGAUCAACCACUUCUUCUGCGAGGUGCCUGCUCUUCUGAAGCUCUCUUGCAUGGACACAUCAGCCUAUGAGACAGCCAUGUAUGUCUGCUGUAUUAUGAUGCUCCUCAUCCCUUUCUCUGUCAUCUCAAGCUCUUACACAAGAAUUCUCAUUACUGUUUAUAGGAUGAGCGAGGCAGAGGGGAGGCGAAAGGCUGUGGCCACCUGCUCCUCACACAUGGUGGUUGUCAGCCUCUUCUAUGGGGCUGCCAUGUACACAUACGUGCUGCCUCACUCUUACCACACCCCUGAGCAGGACAAAGCUGUAUCUGCCUUCUAUACCAUCCUCACUCCUAUGCUCAAUCCACUCAUUUACAGCCUUAGGAACAAGGAUGUCACAGGGGCCCUACAGAAGGUUGUGGGGAGGUGUGUGUCCUCAGGAAAGGUAACCACUUUCUAA